AUAAUGCUUUCUGACAUCAAGGCAUGGGCUGCAAAGCAGUGUGUUCAACCUGAAUUGGUGAACAAAGGAAUAAUCCUUUAGAUUCGCCUACAUGCAUAAUCCAGUCUAACGCCACAUAUACAUAUUUCGCAUCAUUGCUUUUUACGCAUUUUUAUAUUUGCGUAUAUUAAGUGCACACACGCGCACACUAAAUCCAUGUGUAUACAUGCGUAUGAACCGCACUGGUAAGGUAACCGGGCACAUGUCGGGAGGGGGCGGGGGACAUUAUUCUACAUCGCAUCACACGGCGUUACAUGGCCGUCUUUUCCAGCGACGCACUUGCUCAUAAUUCCUGUUAUUUCUGUAUAGGCUCUUGCAUGUUUUGACUUGCAGGCACAGAUUUCGGUCUGUCAUCAUUGUGGACACACUGCAACAUGCACUGAUGCGCGGGGGAAGGCUAUGGGUUCAGGUGCAUCCUGGUCCUGGCGAAUUAUUUAUCAAAUAUUACCAUCAUCGGAGGUAUUUCUGCACCGCAGAGAUAUGUGGAAGCUAUAAAUGAAGAGCACGAUGUGGCUUUUCCUCAAGAAUGAUUUCUUAUGGAGAGACCUAUGAUUGUAGGACUGACAUUCUUGUAGUAACAAAAAGAAGAACCUGCAACGUACCAUCAUUUUAUUGUCUGGAUAUAAGCAAAUCUGUCAGUGAUGUUAAAGGACCCAUCCUUUUUCUCUUUCUCUUCAUAUCCUAAUUGAAGGCCAGAUUAUGCCAUCUUCAACAAUUUACAGAAUCCUACGACCCCUCCUGCUUGGUACCUUUUUACUGGGAUGCUUUGUGACUUUGUUUUUAAUGUACAUCAAACCAUCCACAAGCUGGUUGUCAGGCCCCGUUGAGUCAGAAACAUCCACAGCCAAAGUGAAAAGUCUCCUUACCAACAGAAGUGAACAAAACCAGACUACAGUCUUAGUCUGGCUUUGGCCUUUCGGAGAAACCUACGAUCUGAAUGUCUGCAGUUCUUUGUUCAGCAUCGAUGGCUGCUUCAUCACCGCCGACCGAAACCUUUACAACAAAUCUGACGCUGUCGUCAUACAUCACAGGGACAUCAGCAGCGACCUGUCCAACAUGCCCCCUGUGUACCGGCCUACUUUGCAAAGAUGGAUUUGGAUGAACUUUGAGUCGCCGUCACAUUCAUCUCAGUUACCUGGUAUUGAAAACCUCUUUAAUUUAACUCUUAAUUAUCGGCAGGAUGCUGAUAUACAAUUGCAUUAUGGAUCGAUUGUCGCAGCACAAGGAGAGGAGGACUUUGUACCACCGAGCAAGAACAAGCUUAUCUGUUGGAUAGUCAGCAACUGGAACCCAGAUCACGUAAGGGUAAAAUACUACAAUGAACUAUACAAACACAUUGAGGUUCAUGCAUACGGACAAGCAUUCGGUGAGUACAUUUCCGACCAGGACUAUUUCCCGACAAUUGCGAGCUGUAAAUUUUACUUGGCAUUCGAGAACUCUAUUCACAAAGACUACAUCACCGAGAAAUUGUACAACCCUCUUUCCGUUGGAACGGUACCUGUUGUGCUUGGACCCCCGAGAGAGAACUAUCAGAACUUUGUACAGGGAAAUGCUUUCAUUCACAUCGAUGACUUCCCCUCGGCGAAGGAGCUGGCUGAAUAUCUUCUGUUCCUUGACAAAAACGAAGAGCUUUACCUGAAGUACUUUGACUGGCGCAAACAUUUUAAAGUGAAAAAGGCCUACUUUUGGGCAGAACAUACAUGUCUCGCUUGUGACUACGUCAGAAGGCACAAUGAAUACAAGACAAUUAACAAUCUUGACAAAUGGUAUUGGGUAUAAUUCACACCCAAAUCUCUGCUAAAGUAGAACGACAGAAAAAACAUCAUGUAACUUCAUUUAAAUGAAAAAAUAUUUUUGUAAACGCCCCAAAUUAGUUGUUCAUUUUUUUUGCACUUGGUUUUGUUUAUACAAAGAUGACUUAUGCAUUUAAAGUUCAUAAAAAUCAUUGUUUUUUUUAUUCAGCAUUUUAUUUGAUCUGAAUUUGAGAAAAAAUUACCAAAAUGCAUUUAAAUUCAAUCCUAUAAAUUUAAACCCGUUUUCUCGGUACUUUAAACUGGAAGUACAAAUGAGAAAUUUUUUAUUUAAUGAGAACAGAGCACUUUCUAAAAACAGAUAUUUAUGCUUUAUUUAUACCAUCGGUUAGUGUCUACAUGUUAGUGAUAGAAUCAUCUAUGCAGUGUUUACAAAUCUUAUGUUGUGAAAUAUGUUGUACUGUGAAUGUAAAGUGUAUAGUACGUGUUUUUAGAAGACAUGCCUUCCAUUUUCAUGGUUUUGUAUGGAUGUUUUUCGCAAUCAUGAAGCGCUCAUAUUUUUGAUUAUGACAUCACAGUGAUCAACGUAAUGUAACGCUGUCAUCACAUUUGCUACUGAAAAACAAAUAUGCCAGCAGUGGGUCGUUGCUGAUAAUAUUUCACUGUACUAGGUUGCUGUUCAUUAGCUUACAUGGCUUGGAUAUGUGUCAAGGUACUGUAAGGUAUGUUUUUUAAAUGUCAUGUUACUUUGUUAACAGACAGAUACAUGUAUUUAAUGUGAAUUUCGAGGAAUGGUGGACAUACAGUAGACCUUCUUCCAAAUGUUGCCAAAUGAUUAGGCUCCCAUGUUUGAGACAAAGUUAGUUGUAAUGUGAAGGGCAAAAUGACAAGAAAUGAAACGGUGCCAUCUUGUGUUUGUCAGAAAGCAAUGCUCACCUUUCAGAUGCAAGUUUAAAAGACUUGUUUGCUGACAUGGGUUUCUAGGAUCUCUGAUCUUUUACUCUGGGAUUUACACAUCCACCUUUCUCAGAUCUGCUUUCAUUUCACAGUGAAAGACUGUUUGUGCUUAAGUAAAUAAAUAAGAGAGUUUUAGUAUAUUGACUACUAAGAGGACAACAUGCUAGACUGUGUUUUGCAUCGUUGAUACUCUUUACAUUCACGCAUUUGGCAGAUGCUUUUAUCCAAAGCGACUUACGACUCGCAUCAUCCUAUUCCUAUUUCAGUAUCUGCAAUCCCUGGGAUGGAACCCAUGAUCUUGGCGUUGCUAGCGCCAUGCGCUAACCACUCAGCUUCAGGAAAGCUGUAUGGUCAUGCACAAUGAAUCAAUAAUAUUUGGAGCUGAUGUUUGUUUAAGGUCAUUUACAGGUCCAAUUACUCAUAAGCACACAACACAGUUGUUGUUUUGUCUCUGUCCUUCUGCGCAUUUGAACACUUUCUCCAUGAAUCAUCAUCCGUGGCGAAAUACACAAUGCUUGUGUUUUUUUACUUUUGUAUUAAUAAGGGACCAUCAGAUGAUUUAACAAUGUCGUUAAUGCAUUAUCUGUGUAUUGCUCAAAAUGUUCAAACACUGUUUAAUUUGCCGGACCUUUAUAUGAACUGUGGAAAAGAUGUGGUCGUGCACACCACACAUCUCAGAUCAUUGUUUGUUUGAUGAUAAUCGGUUUGCUGUGAACGUUCUUUAUGCAUUGUAAAUAGCCGUAUUGUUGGAUGAUCUCUUACCCGUAGGGUAUGCCGUGGGGACGAUGCACGGAAAUGAGCGGAGUAAAGUGGGUGCUCAGCCUUUGCACCAUGGAAGAAAAGACAAAAGACAAGUCCGGAGACAAAGACAGCUGUGUUAGGGGGAAAGGCCGGUUUCUGUCGACCGAUAACAUGUCAGAUGGACUCGAAUCAAAGAGGUUUUCGAAAAAAAGACCUGUGAACUAGGUUGUUGUAAGUGGAUCUGAGAUUGCUCAUUUGCUUACUGACAUGUAUUGUUUUGUCCUCUCUCUUUCUAUUUUUCCUGUGUACAAAUGUUUGCUGUGAGCUCUUGGUACCCUUUAAAACAGUCUUUGCAUUAUGAGUGUGUUAGUGGUGUCUGACUCACAGCUCCUGCUGACUCAUACAUGUAGGCUGGUGUCGCCAACAUGGAGUACAAUAUCUCCUCUAUGCAUUAUGGACUCAAAUGCAAAAUGACCCACAUUCCUGUUGUGCUGAGGAACUCGAGGGUGUAUAGAACUGUUCAUUGCAAAUGUUAAUUGCCAAAAUUUUGUUAUUUGCCAAAUGAGUUACUGUAGAUGUCUGUAAGUGAAAUAAGGAGACAAAAAUAAAAUGACAUUC